AUGACUUGCCGCCAGGAAUGUGAAAACCUUGAUGCAGCUUUAGAGAAUAACUUAAAUUCUAAUGCCCAUAUCGAACAUCAUCAGCAAAGUCGCUCACCUUCAGUAGAACUACAAAGUCAACAAAUUUGUAAUGAAAAUCAGCAAGAUCAAAACAAAGCUUCUCAAAUACACGACUCCUUGAACCAUAAUAACAAACCUUAUUCAGCUGCUAUGUUAAAUAUGCAAGGAUCAUCUCAUUCAACUGCCUUGUUAAAUAUGCACAAUGCAAAAUAUAACAAUCCUUAUUCAGCUAUUCAUUCAA